AUGUUUAUAGGGAACACCUCUAUGGACAGUAAGAGUUCAGGGGGUGGGUCCGGAGGAAUGUUAGAGCUGCUGACAAUUACUGAUGCAGCUGUUAAAGCCUUGAAUAAAUCGGCACAGUCGGGGAGUAGCCAGGGGUCUAAGAAAUCGCAGCGUAAUGACGCUCUUGGCCAGUCAAUUCGUAGUGAUCACUCAGAGAGAUCAAAUGGAAGUAAUCCUGGAACUGAUCGGUCAGGAAAAUCAGCACACAGUCAGCUGAUUAGUGAUCGCUCUGUACGGUCCUCUGAUAAGCAACACCAAGGCGACAACACAGGACGAUUGGACAGUGACAGAUCUAUGAAGUCUGCACAGAGUAGGGGAUCUAUGUCAAGCCAUCAGAGUAGGCUGUCUGAACAUAGUGGUAGGUCACAGCAAAGUGGAAGAUCUGUCGGUGACCCUAAAGUAUCUCAGCCUACUCAUGAUACAAGUCAUGACAGUGGAAUUAUCAGUAAAACACAUACUGCAAGCGAGGAUAAAUCCCGAGGAAAACCUUUGACCUCUCCUACAGAUGGCAGUCUACAGGAGCAAACCUCUGACGUCAGCACUACUGCAAGUGAUGUUCUCAUUAAGUCAACACUAGAUAAAAGUGAACAUAGCAUUCUUGCUGAAGGAAAGAACGGUAACAAUGGAAGUUCUAGCGGAUCCUCCUCUAAGUGUUCAAAAACUUCAUUGGGUGUUGAAAACUUCAAUUCUUCAGGACCGCAAAAAGUGAAAAUAUCUAGAAAGCAUUUAAGAGAAAUCAAACCGAAAUUUGAGGAAGGAAGUCCAAGAUCGUCAGCUUCAAGUGAUAGCAAAGUGCCGUCAGCCUUGCUAGGGUUGAACGGCAGACAGACUUUAAAAUCUAAUGCUAACAAUAAUGCUGGACUUACUCAGGGAAAAGAAAAAGAAGUAGUUACAAGUUCUAAUGACUCUAAUGGGGAUAAAUUUCCUGUAGAGCGGCCUUUUCCACUUGGAGCCGAUACUAAAGAUCAGUUUAAAGUGGAAAAAGUAAGAAAAUCGGCAGAAAAGGAAUACGAAGAUGUUAACAUGGUUACUAAAACAAAACCCAGAACUAAUGGCCAUAUUCUCAGGGAUAAUAAAUUUGAUAAAAAAUCUCAGUCAAGUUCAGGCAGCUCUAAAAGUGUUGACAGUGGUGCAGAUGAAGCAUCAAACAAAGUAAAUGCUGCAAAAGAUGCUCGUGAUUCAAACAUGCAGUUUAGAAGUACACCAAAGUAUUUUGUUGAGAGGCAUACCCCACAGAAAUCACAGGCCAGGAUUGAUGACCCUGGAAAAAGUACAGGUUUACCAGAAAGGAAAAAUCUUUUGCAGGAUCUUGAAGAUAGUGUGGAAAUCAUCACAGCUCAUGCACAAGAUUCAAGUAGGAGUAGCAGUCAACCAGAAAUUGUAACAGUACGUGAAAGAAUCGUCACCGUGUCAGCAAAGAAUUCAUUGUCGCCGGCAUCCAGUGUCAGCGAUAUCGUAACAAAAGCAGCGCCACCUGUAGAGAGCUAUCACAACGUUGGAUUUAAACUUUGUGAUGAUAAAGGGCCGCUUGGAGAAGGAAAAGCAAAAACCUUAGGUAAUGUGUUACUAAGAUAA